UAAUCAGCCGUUACAAACAGCCAAAGAAGGUAAUCCAUCAAUCUGUCAACAAUAACAAAAUACUAAAAUAGACUGGACCAAGGAGACUAUAGUUUUUUAUUCUUAAAAUAAGAAACCAUAGUAUUUCAUUACUGAAGAGAAACCGACUUUCAUAUACUUCUCUUUUCUGGUAAGAUGGAAGCUACUAAUCAUGUGACUGAGGAUUUCCAGAAUGAACAAGAUGACAGAAGUAAGGACACACCUAUCCAUGCCUGUGAAAUCUGUGGGAAGACUUUUGGUUUAUUGGCCUCUUUAAGGGUCCAUAGAAGAACCCACUCAGAAGAUCGGCCUUAUAAAUGUGAGGUGUGUGAUAAGGCCUUCAAACAGCUGUGUGCCCUCCAACGGCACAACAGGAUACACACAGGGGAGAUGUUAUAUAAAUGUGACUACUGCCAAAAAGAGUUUAAUGAUCAGUCAAGUAUCCAGAGGCACAUCAGAACUCAUACUGGAGAAAAGCCUUUUGUCUGUGACCUGUGUGGAAGGGCCUUUGUAGAGAACCAGCAGUUACGACGCCACGUUCUCCGUAUACAUACCAACGAACGCCCGUUUGUCUGUGAAACAUGCGGAGCCCGGUUUGCUGAGAAAGGAACACUGACUUGUCAUUUGUUGAUUCACACCGACAAGAAACCUCAUGCCUGUGAUAAGUGCGACAAGGCAUACCGCUCGUCUAGUCAUCUAAAGCGACACAAAAUAUGGGCUCAUGAAGGGGUGAAGCGCAUCCGCAAUCCACUGAAUUUAACAUACACCUGUGAGGUGUGCUUGAAAGACUUUCACGACAAAAACGACUUUACAAGACACACAAGAACUCACACUAAAGAAAAGCCCUACCAAUGUCCAGUGUGUUCAAAGUGGUUCAGUGUUCAGUCAAAUCGCAACAAACAUGUGAGAGCAGUGCAUCCACAGUCAUCAAUUUAAUAAAUUAAACAUUUAAUUACCGAAGGAUAAUUUAUUGGAAAUCUUUAUCAUUCUUCUGAUGUUUAUAUCCUGUUGGGUACAUGUAGUAUACGUUAGAUAUUUUUUGAAAAAUUACAAUGAUCCUGUCAGUAGAUAAGAACAGUUAAACAUGCUUGAAAUGAAAAGAUGGGGACGGACAAUUUUGCUCCGUUAUAAGUAUAAUUUAUUACAUCCGUUAAAUUUACAAUAUAUUUUAAUGUUACAGGGAAUAAAAAAAACUUUGCUGUAAGCGUUAACUGAUUAUAAAUUUAUAAGCGUGUUUGCUAUAAGCAUGUAUUACUGUACUUAUUUGAAUUAAACACAGGACAUCACUAAUUAUAAUGAAUAACAUCUGUCCCCACAAUUACUAGGAUUUUUUGUGUAAACAUUAAUGUUUUGAUUGAUUAAAAAGCUGAAUUUUUUUGGUGCGUAGGGGAAGGGGUGGUGGUGGUGGCAAGACUUGCCCAUUGAAUUGUUACUUAUUGAUAUUGUUUAAUUAAUUUGUUUUCCCCUCUCAAAUUAUGGGUAACCUUAUCUCCAGCAAAACAUAGAAUAAAAAUGAGCAAUAUCAAUUUUUGUAUUAGUCAGUUUUUCGAAGACAAUGAAUCCUGUAUAUUUUGUUUUCACCUUUACAAUUUUACAAUAUCGAUGCUCUGUAACUCUUAUGAGAUAAAGUGUUAUUAAUGUUAAAGUGACUUGAGAAUUUGAAGAAACACUUACAUCUUGUACCAUGUUAUAGAUUAUCCUUUUGUUGACUUUUUGAUGCCGUUGAUUAUUCAGUAUUACAUGUAUUUACUUACAAAGAAAUGAAUCUCUAUAUGUAUUUCUUGUUGGGCAUUGCAUUUGCCAUUAUUGCAGUGAUAUAUUUAAUUAAUUUAUUAUUCAUUCUCUUGUUAUAAUUGUUGAUCCUGUUCCUCGUUUUGAAGUGUGUUGCUGAGAUCUUUUAUCAGCUGGCAUUUAGAUUGAUUAGAAGUGUUGAAAUACAAGUGUAUAUUUUA